CACAAUGUGGAUUCCCGAACGCAAUUUAGGUGAAUGCAAAGGAUAACUUCUCCGCUUGAGCCGACGUAGAGAAGAAACGCGCAAAAGGGAAUUGUGGUUGAAAAUUAAUCUGUAGUGGAGAUAAAUAAUGCCAAAAGUACGGCGAAGCAAGAAGCCACCUCCCGAUGGUUGGGAGCUGAUCGAACCCACCCUGGAAGAAUUGGAGCAGAAAAUGCGUGAAGCUGAAACGGAACCUCACGAGGGCAAAAGAAAACAGGAAUCUUUAUGGCCGAUAUUCAAGAUACAUCAUCAGAAAUCUCGUUACAUCUACGACUUGUUCUACAGGAGGAAAGCGAUCAGUCGUGAAUUGUACGACUACUGCCUGAACGAGAACAUAGCGGACAAGAACCUGAUAGCCAAGUGGAAGAAGGUCGGCUACGAAAACUUGUGCUGCUUAAGAUGCAUCCAGACCAGAGACACGAAUUUCGGCACGAAUUGCAUCUGCAGGGUGCCGAAGGGCAAGCUGGAGGAAGGUCGCAUCGUCGAGUGUAUACAUUGCGGUUGCAGGGGAUGCUCGGGUUGAGCCAGCGCGUUAUUCCAAAGACACCAGAACGGUAGUACUCGAUGUUCAUUCGGAACGUGCGAGUGUCCUUCCGGAUGGCGCUGAUCGUAAUGUCCGUGCCGGAGCGCAUCCUCGGCAGGCGCAUCUG